CACUUGGCAUAUUAGAAGUAAUUCGAUGACUACGAAGAUCCACACUAGAAGAAGCGUUUUCAAACGUAAGCACAACUUUAGACCACCCUGCAAAAAUUCAAAUUUCCCGUGGUCUUAGCCCAUCCAAAGUAUUGGCCAUCAAAACAUGUUGCACGAAAUUACUCUUUGCCGAGAUGGCAAACUUCUGUAACACACAGGCCUAAAUUCUCUUCAUUUUUUUCAGCAUUCUUUGCAGUUAAUAGGAAUUUUCUUGCAUGUAAUUAAGACUGGAACAGCAGCGGGCUUAAGUUAUUUCCGAGGGAAAACCAUGGAUGCCUUCCCUGGCCUUGUUACCUAUUCUUGUCGUGAACACUACUGGAAUAUGGGUUUUCGCAUGCCUCUGCUGAACUCCUCUCCUAUGAAAGAUUUGAAUAAUCUGGGGACUUCUGCUCUCGUGGAUGUUACGUUGCAAAACUCAUCCUACACAGGGCUUCACUACUCUCCGCAGCAAGAACCACAACACUUUGGCGGGUUCCCUUUCAUGACUCAGCUGCCAAAAGGUCCUCAUCAAUUUCCACAAUUCUCGACGAAUAGUAUUGAACAAAGUACAUGCACAGGAGAUCAAUUGCAUGACUUGAUGGACCUAAUUGAGGUAGUGCCUCUGCCAGAAUGCAGCAGCCAAAGCCAAAGGCAUCAUCAUCAUAAUUAUCAUGGUCAUCACCAAAGUGAAGAGGGUAAUGGAAUUGGUCAAUAUCGUACUGUGCAGACCGGGUGUCAGCCUCAGGCACAGCCGCAGAAUUUUGGCCCAGCUGAUGACACUUUGGGCAUUGGCUGGAAUGAUCCUGUAAACGCAGACAACACUUCAAGCCCUGCUUUUGAGGUGCAUGAUUUGUUGGGCUCAAAUGAGGAAAUGCCUCUGCCAGAGUACAGCAGCCAAAGCCAAAGGCAACAUCUUCGUAAUCAUCAAAGUGAAUUGGGUAGUGGGAUUGGUGAGGAUCAAUAUUAUACCGAGCAGAACAGGUGUCAGCCUCAGGCAUGGCCUCAGAAUUUUUCUCCAGCUGAUGAUACUUUGGGCCCUCGCUGGAAUGAUCCUGUAAACACUGACAAAACUUCAAGCCCUGCUUUUAAUGUGCAUGACUUGUUGGGCUCAAACGAGGAAGUGCCUCUUCCAGAAUGCAGCUGCCAAAGCCAAAGGCAUCAUCAUCAUGGUCAUCAUAAAAAUGAACAGGGUAGUGGAAUUGGUGAGGGUCGAUAUUCUACAAAGCAUACUGGGUGUCAGCCUCAGUCAUGGUCGCAGAAUUUUUGCCCACCUGAUGAUACUUUGGGCGCUGGCUGGAAUGAUCCUGUGCAUGAUUUAUUGGGCUUAAACAACGAAGUCCCUCUGUCAGAAUGCAGCAGCCAAAGUCAUCAUCAUGGUCAUCAUCACAGUGAAGAGGGUAAUGGAAUUGGUGAGGUUAAAUAUUAUACAAUGCAGUCUGGCUGUCAGCCUCAGGUAUGGCUGCAAAAUUUUUCUCCAGCUGAUGAUACGUUGGGCACUAGGUGGAAUGAUCCUGUAGACACUUACAACAUUUCAAGCCCCGCUUUUAAUGUUACCCAUCAAACACCAAAGGAAUUUACAUUAAGAUUGUUACCCCAGCAACCACAGCUAGCUCAGCAGAAUGUGGUCCCUACAGAAGGCAACAUCUCCAUACCUACAGAAGGCAAUAAGAAACGGAUGAAGUGGACUCAAGAACUCCAUGAACGUUUUGUAAAAGCUGUUAGUCAACUUGGUGGUGCUGAUGCUACUCCAAGUGGCAUUUUAAGAUUGAUGGAUAUAGAGGGUUUGACAAUUGAUCAUGUGAAAAGCCAUCUGCAGAAAUAUAGGCGUGCCAAAAAGUUAACAAACCAUGGAGAAGGGAAGGUAGACAAAAGGAGAGAUUCUCUUGAAGCUUCAUCAUUGGGAUCACAAAUGUGUGUGCAAAUUACAGAGGAGGACAUGCUUAUACAGUUGAAUUCUCAGAUGAAGUUACAUGAACAGAUUGUUGAGAGUCAAAGGAAUUUUCAGUCACAGAUGGUAAAGUUUCUACAGGAGAUGGAAGUAAAAUUAAGUGGCCUACCAAAGGGCAAGAUCCCCUUUGCUCAUGAUUGUGGCAACCCAUCAGUUCAGCUUUCAACUGAUUACACUUCUAAUGUUUCAAAUAAUCCUGAGCCUUUGGCUUCACAUCUGGAGAUAACAACAAAAGCUAGUGAUGAGUGCAUAACAUCUCAUGGUCUAGUCAGAAAUAUUCAGUGCAUAUCACAUAAGGGCAACAAUGAGGAAAAUUCCCAUGUUGGGGGCUCUGCCAAAGAUUCCUAACACAUGGAAUUCAAAGGAAAAAGCUUAAUCUGCAUACAUAUGUAAUGGGUCACAUGAAAUGCUGAUUUGAAAUCUUUUAUGAAGACAAUUAGCAAUACUCUCAUUUAUGAUUUGAGGUCCUAUGUGUUUUGAGUCUUGACAAGUGAAUGUGAGCCAUUUCUUUUGAUGGCUAUAGUGAUGCAUUGGGAAAGCUUUUGUCAGAAUUACAGACUAGUGCAAGUUCAGAUUGUAGAUUGCUCUGAGUACAAUACUGAUCUUCAUGUAUGACAGUGCAAGACUUUAGAGAUUUCACAAAGUUGUACAUAAUAAUCUCAAUUUCAAAACAUUUUACAACCAUUUAAAGAACAAGCAAUCUAUGACAUUUGGGAAAACGAAAAAUUUUCAACUGGCUGGGAAUUUUUACAAGCAUAAUUUUGACUUUUUGACUUUUUGCUGUUUAAUCCUGUUUGUUUCUUGUUUUCUAGCACGAGUUGAGUCAAGGGAGACAUCAGACUUCUGGACAGCAUGAAACUUACAAUGUUUGCAGAUAUUGUGUGGCAUUGUUUGCUUCAAGAAAUUUUCCUUUGAUCAAAACCAAGCUGGUACUUAGUCAUGUGUACUUAAAAUUUGGAAUUGAGGGUACUCUCUUGAAGUUAGCAAUGGUUUUGAUCCCUCCAAAGUGAUCUGAAUUGUAAUAAAUUGAAUAUGAAGAUGAGAGAGAGGAUGUUACAGCAGUUUGUUCCUUGUUCUGUCUCAAUGUUCUUGUUUUCAAGAAUAUUGGUCUUCACUGUGCAAAUAAA